UCCACACACCAUAUUUAUUUCAAAGUUAAUUUUCUCUCUCUUCACCAAAGAAAUCUGGAAAACUCUCUCAUUCUUAAACAAACCCUAGCCGCCGCCUCCUCCCUCAUUCAGUGUGUCUCCGGCGGUCGUUACAUUGCUCCACCAUCUUCAUUUUUGAAAACCCAUCACCAUAAAAUGAGUCCCCUCCAUCUUCUCUACAAAUUCCAUUUAAAAAUAUCAGGAACGGACAACCUUCGCCGGUGACCACCACGCCGGAGCUUGCAACCACCGCGCCGGGAAAGAGCUUACGUGUUUUCCAGAUCUGGGUCAGAAUUUUUACACAAACACUUAAACCUGGGCUGUUGUCUUCAUCAAGAUUAGAAAAUGUCUGUUGCAAGAAGAUUGAUUAAAUGCGUUAUCCUUGAUUUGGAUGGCACGUUGCUCAACACAGAUGGCAUAGUUUGCAACGUUUUAAAGGUUUCGUUGGGAAAGUAUGGGAAAGAAUGGGAUGGAAGAGAAACACUUAAAAUUGUAGGGAAAACACCGUUGGAAGCUGCUUCUGCUGUUGUUGAAGAUUAUGGACUUCCUUGCUCCCCAAUUGAAUUUGUUUCCGAGCUUUCACCGCAAUUCUCCGAUCAGUGGUGCAAUAUUAAAGCACUUCCUGGUGCCAAUCGGUUGAUUAAACAUUUGAAGAGCAAUGGAGUUCCAAUGGCCUUGGCAUCAAAUUCUCCAAGGGAAAGCAUUGAUGCCAAAAUAUCCUUUCAUGAUGGAUGGAAAGAUUCUUUCUCUGUUAUAAUUGGGGGUGAUGAAGUUCGAACAGGGAAACCUUCCCCUGACAUAUUCUUUGAAGCUGCUAGGAGGUUAAAGAUUGAGCCUUCCAGCUGUCUUGUCAUCGAAGACUCUCUACCCGGUGUUACUGCAGGUAAGGCUGCUGAGAUGGAAGUGGUUGCUGUACCAUCACUCCCAAAACAGUCUCAUCUCUUUACUGCAGCAGAUGAGGUGAUAAAUUCCCUACUUGAUUUGCAACUUGAAAAGUGGGGUCUACCACCAUUUGCAGAUUGGGUGGAGAGAACUUUGCCUGUAGAUCCUUGGUAUAUUGGUGGUCCUGUCAUCAAGGGAUUUGGUCGAGGCUCGAAAGUUCUCGGGAUUCCUACAGCUAAUUUGUCAACAAAGGACUAUUCAGAUCUCCUUGCAGAGCAUCCUGCAGGAGUUUAUUUUGGUUGGGCUGGAUUAUCAGGAAGAGGUAUUUUUAAAAUGGUGAUGAGCAUUGGUUGGAAUCCAUAUUUCAACAACAAAGAAAAGACUAUAGAACCAUGGUUGCUUCAUGAAUUCACUGAGGAUUUCUAUGGGGAAGAACUGAAGCUGGUUAUAGUUGGUUACAUACGUCCUGAGCAGGUCAAUUUUCCAACCCUUGAAAGCUUGAUUGCUAAGAUUCAUGAAGACCGUAGAGUUGCGGAGAGCGCUCUUGAGCUUCCUAUGUAUUCAAGUCAUAAGGAUGAUUCAUAUUUGAGAAGCUCAUAGUACUGAUUUUAUUAGGUUCUUUUAAAGAAACCUCAGCAUUUGUACUAGUGCCAAAAACAGCUUUCUUGUAUUAUACCCUGUGGUUCUUAAUCACCACUCACCAUAACACAAUUUGAUGUGUAACAUGCAUAGAUAGUAAUGAAAAAGGCCAUUAUUUCACUUUUAAUA